GCAAUCGUUCAUUUACCUGCGACAUGAGCUCGUCAUUCUUGCUGCAUGUCGCAAAGACAAUCCCAAGAUCCUCCAUAAAGCAAUCGCUUCUGAAUCAAAUCACUGGCGCUUCCAAUCCUGCGCGAUCAUUUUCGUCCACGCCUCAAGUGAACCAUGCAUCCGGUCUGACCAUGUGGGGUGGUGAAGCCAUUGCCCAGUCUAUACGCAAUAGCCCUUCGCGUUCAGUGUUUGUCGCCCUUCAACCCAUUCGACCCUUCUCCUCCACCUCUGCGGCAGCUUUUAAGCACUCCAAAGUCUCAAACGCCGAGGUAUUGCGUGCCAACGAAAGCAACAACGAUGGGUCCGACCAGCCUCCCUCCAGUGGCGGCGACGGCCACGGUAACGGUGCUGCGAAUGGAGGUGAUGGAAAAGGGGGCGGUGAUGGCGACGGCGGCUCUCCUGUACACAAUAUUCAAAAGGCUCUUAAUGUCAUUGACAACCAAUUGCAAAAACCUUCCGUUCCCGAGGUCUAUCCGCAAGUGCUUGCACUUCCUAUCACACGUCGACCUUUGUUCCCUGGUUUCUACAAGGCUGUCGUCAUCAAGGACCCUCAAGUCACGGCGGCUAUCAAAGAACUUCUCAAGCGAGGUCAGCCGUACGUGGGAGCAUUUUUGUUGAAGGAUGAGGAACUGGAUAUCGAUACCAUUACCGACCUUAAUCAAGUUCAUCGUGUCGGUGUGUUUGCACAAAUUACCAGCGUGUUCCCUGCCAGCUCAGGUUCGAAAGAGGGUUCCAAGGAAGAUGCUGGCUUAACCGCCGUACUUUACCCACACCGUAGAAUUAGAAUUACCGAUUUGUUGCCCAUGGGUAAGCCUAACCAAGGCCAUGACAUGGCCAAGGAUGAGUCAGCCGGAUCUGGGGUUACCGCUGCGGUGGUCAAGGAUGAGGGUCCGCUGACAGAGCCUGUGGAAGUCCCAAAGUCGGAGAAAAAAUCUCAAAAGGCCAGUAGCAAGGAAUCUACCAUGAAGGACAAGGCUCCUGAAUCAGAUGUCAACAAGAAGACCGAUUUUGUCGAAGACCCUGCUGCAACUUCUAGCGCUGAACAGCAUGCACAAUAUGCUACGUCUUUCUUAGCCAAGGACUACGCUGUCUCACUCGUCAACGUUGACAACAUGGAAGAUGUUCCUUAUUCUAAGAAAGACCAAGUCAUUCGUGCUGUCACGUCGGAAAUUGUUUCGGUAUUUAAGGAUAUCGCUUCCUUGAACCCAUUGUUCCGUGAUCAAAUUGCCAGUUUUUCAAUGUCACAAUCCGCUGGCAAUGUUUUUGAAGAGCCGGCCAAGCUCGCCGACUUUGCUGCUGCCGUAUCUGCUGGCGAACCCAAUGAACUGCAGGACGUUUUGGAGUGUCUCUCUGUUGAAGAACGUCUCCAGAAAGCUCUGUUGGUAUUGAAGAAGGAGCUCAUGAACGCCCAAUUGCAAAACAAGAUUUCAAAGGAAGUCGAGAGCAAGAUUGCCAAACGCCAGCGGGAAUAUUAUCUUAUGGAACAACUCAAGGGUAUCAAGAAAGAGCUAGGUCUCGAGAGUGAUGGUAAAGAUAAGCUUGUAGAGGGUUUCAAGGAAAAGGCCGAGAAACUGGCCAUGCCUGCGGCAGUCAAGAAAGUGUUUGACGAGGAAAUCAACAAGCUCGCCCAUCUUGAGCCAGCUGCAUCAGAAUUCAACGUGACUCGAAACUACCUGGAUUGGCUUACGCAAAUUCCAUGGGGUCAGCGAUCACAGGAAAACUACAACAUCAAGCACGCCGUCACUGUCUUGGAUGAAGAUCACUAUGGACUUCAAGACGUAAAGGAUCGUAUCUUGGAAUUCAUUGCUGUUGGUAAACUGCGCGGUACUGUCGAAGGCAAGAUCUUGUGUUUGGUCGGUCCCCCUGGUGUCGGUAAAACUUCCAUUGGUAAGAGUAUCGCCAGAGCUUUGGAUCGCCAAUUCUAUCGAUUCUCUGUCGGUGGAUUAAGCGACGUGGCUGAAAUCAAGGGUCACCGAAGAACCUAUGUUGGAGCCAUGCCCGGUAAAGUGAUUCAAGCACUCAAGAAGGUUCAAACAGAAAAUCCUCUGGUUUUAAUUGAUGAGGUAGAUAAAAUUGGAAAGGGUCAUCAAGGUGAUCCAUCUUCUGCUCUUCUCGAACUUCUGGAUCCCGAACAGAACUCCAGCUUCUUGGAUCAUUACAUGGAUGUCCCUGUUGAUCUGUCCAAGGUUUUGUUUGUUUGUACUGCCAAUGUUUUGGAUACUAUUCCCGGCCCACUUCUUGACCGUAUGGAAGUGAUUCAACUCUCUGGUUAUGUUGCGGAUGAAAAGGUCGCAAUUGCCGAGAAGUACUUGUCUCCCACCGCCAAAACAGCUGCUGGUUUGGAGCAUGUCAAUGUCAACUUGACCAAGGAAGCCAUUGAAAGCUUGAUCAAGAACUAUUGCCGUGAAAGUGGUGUUCGUAACUUGAAGAAGCAGAUUGAUAAAGUAUAUCGCAAGGCCGCUUUGAAGAUCGUCAAGGACAUUGGCGAGGACCAUCUUCAACAGCAACCCGGUGAUACCGCAAAGGCUUUCAGUGUUGAGGAAGGCGCUGAAAAUGUUCAUGAGAAGCCCGGCGAAGAGAGCUUGGAUCCCCAUAAGGAAGUCCAUGAAGCCGGUGAAGACAUUACGUCCAAGGAACGUCACCCUAUUGACAUUCCCAAGUCCAUCCAAGUUGACAUCACCACUGACUCAUUGAAAGACUAUGUUGGACCCCCAGUCUUCCACUCUGAUCGUCUAUAUGACCAAACACCACCAGGUGUUGUCAUGGGUCUUGCUUGGACCAGCCUUGGCGGCUCAUCUUUAUAUAUUGAAUCCGUUCUUGAAUCACCUCUCACUCCAAAGUCCUCCCCUAAACUUUCCAAGACCGGACAACUUGGUGAUGUCAUGAAGGAGUCAAGCACUAUUGCUUAUACGUUUGCCAAGUCUCUCUUAGCAAACAAAUUCCCCAAGAAUGCUUUCUUUGAAAAGGCUCAAGUUCAUUUGCAUUGUCCGGCUGGUGCUGUACCCAAGGAUGGACCUAGUGCCGGUGUGACCAUGGCCACUGCCCUCAUUUCAUUGGCCUUGAACCGCCCUAUUAAUCCUAACAUCGCUAUGACUGGUGAACUCACCGUCACUGGAAAGGUGUUGCAAAUCGGCGGACUUAAGGAGAAGACCAUUGCAGCCAAGCGAUCCAACGUCAACACUGUUUUGUUCCCCAAGGACAACCAAUCUGACUGGGAUGACCUUCCCGAACACAUCAAGGAAGGUAUGACUGGCGUUCCCGUCGACCACUAUGACGAUGUGUUCAAGAUCUGUUUCGAAGGCAUCGACCCUCAACAAGCCGAGAACGUGUGGGCAGACAAGCUGAAGGAAGACGAGACCACGGCCAGCAAAUAGAUUCAUUCCCUCGGACACCAAAAAAAAAAAAAAUUGCGCUUAUAAUUAAACCCUUCAAUCUAGGAAGGCUUCUCUAUUACUUCAAUCACUCUCCUCCCUCCACUUUCCUGUAGUAUCUGUAACAAAUUUGCAUUAGCUGUUGAUUGAAACGUAGUCAAAUAACAAGAAAAGUUUAAACAGCGGAUGAAGGAUUGUCUGAAGUGGGAUAGUAAACCACAAGGUGAACAUAAGGAUCAAACAAAAAUA